UUUGUUACGUGAAGACAGAGCCUCUAGCUUCAUGAAGGCUACUAUAGGAUUAAGAUGAUUUUAAGUUAAUCCUUAAUCGACAUAAGAUAGAUAGAUUAUCAUUGAGGAACAUGGCUUGAUGAAAUCGUUUAUUGCUCUAAGAAAUGGAAUAAUACGUGAAAAACAAAAAAAAGAAAAGAGAAAAACAAAAAAGUAAAUGUUGACAGUGGGAUUUGAACCCACGCCCUUUCGGACCAGAACCUUAAUCUGGCGCCUUAGACCAACUCGGCCAUAUCAACUUGUUGUUCAACAGUGACACAACAAAACCUAAGUCUUUUCCUUUGCUCUCUCGUCUCCUGUCUUCCUUGAGUACCCGUUGAAGGUCCGUCAGAGAAGCAGUACUUAUGAACAUUCUUACAUUCCAUCGAUUGUAAUUGCUUUCUUCAUCCCAAUCGAUACAAAACCAUAUGCAAUCUGCCUGUUCUUCUGUUUCCAAAUCCCUCAAUCUAUCUCCUCCAAUUUGUUUUUUUCGUUAGCUUACCAAUCUCCUAAUGAACCCUCCUCUGCUUCCGAGGCACGUAGCUGCGGUUAUAAAAUGCCAGAGAGACCCAAUGAAAGCGUUACAGAUCUUCAACUCGAUGAAAAAGGAGGAAACUUUCAAGCACACUCUGUCCACCUACCGCAGCGUGAUUGAAAAGCUCGGCCUUUACGGUAAAUUCGACGCCAUGGAGCAAGUUUUAGUUGAUCUGCGGCGGAACAUCGGCAACCAUAUGCUCGAAGGUGUCUACGUCGGUGUAAUGAAAAGCUACGGUAAGAGAGGGAGAGUUCAAGAAGCUGUUAAUGUCUUCGAAAGGAUGGAUUUUUAUGACUGUGAGCCGACGGUUUUCUCUUACAACGCUAUCAUGAGUGUGUUGGUUGAUGGUGGGUACUUUGAUCAAGCGCACAAGGUGUAUAUGAGGAUGAGGGACAGAGGGAUUACUCCCGAUGUGUACUCGUUUACGAUUAGGAUGAAGUCGUUUUGUAAAACGGGUAGGCCUCACGCUGCGUUGAGGCUUCUUGGUAACAUGUCUUCUCAGGGGUGUGAGGUGAGUGCGGUUGCGUAUUGCACGGUGGUUGGUGGGUUUUAUGAGGAGAGUUUGAAGGUGGAGGCGUUUGAGUUGUUUGGGAAGAUGCUUGGAGCAAAUGUUUCUCUUUGCGUUAGUGCGUUUAAUAAGGUUAUGCACGUUCUUUGCAAGAAGGGAGAUGUUGAGGAGUGUGAGAAGCUGUUGGAGAAAGUUAUUAAAAGAGGGGUUUUGCCGAAUCUGUUUACUUAUAAUUUUUAUAUUCUAGGGCUUUGUCAGAGAGGUGAGGUUGAUUCUGCUGUUCGUACGGUGGGUUGUAUGAUAGAGAAUGGACCAAAGCCUGAUGUUGUCACGUAUAACAAUCUGAUAUGUGGUUUAUGCAAGAGUGCCAAGUUUCAUGAGGCGGAGUUUUACUUAGGGAAGAUGGUGAAUCAAGGGCUUGAGCCUGAUGGAUUUACCUAUAACACAUUAAUAGCUGGCUAUUGUAAAAGUGGAACGGUGCAGCUUGCGGAAAGGAUUCUAGGUGACGCUGUCUUCAACGGGUUUGCGCCUGAUGAGUUUACAUACCGCUCAUUGAUCGAAGGACUGUGCCACGAAGGCGAAACGAACCGUGCUUUAGCCUUGUUUAACGAGGCCUUGGGGAAGGGAAUCAAGCCUAAUGUGAUUCUUUACAACACGCUGAUCAAAGGGUUGUCUAAGCAUGGUUUGAUUCUGGAGGCUGCUCAGCUAGCGACUGAAAUGUCUGAGAAGGGUUUGAUCCCCGAGGUGCAGACUUUUAACAUACUCGUGAAUGGAUUGUGCAAGAUGGGAUGUGUUAAUGAUGCUGAUGGUCUUGUUAAAGUCAUGAUCUCCAAAGGGUACUUUCCUGACGUUUUUACGUUCAAUAUCUUGAUUCAUGGUUACUCUACAGAGCUGAAAAUGGAAAGGGCGCUUGAGAUGUUGGAUGUUAUGAUAGACAAUGGCGUUGUUCCUGACGUGUAUACUUACAACUCUUUGUUGAACGGUCUCUGCAAGACGUCUAAGUACGAAGAUGUGAUGGAAACGUAUAAAACGAUGGUGGAGAAAGGUUGUGGUCCGAACGUAUUCACGUUUAAUAUACUUCUGGAGAGUCUAUGCAGAUACAAGAAACUAGAUGAAGCCUUGGGGUUGCUUGAGGAAAUGAGAAGGAAGAGUGUGGAGCCAGACGCGGUUACGUUUGGAACGUUGAUCGAUGGGUUCUGCAAAAACGGAGACUUGGAUGGAGCGUACAAGCUACUCCGGGAGAUGGAAGAGAUUCACAAGGUCUCAAGCUCAACGGCGACGUAUAACAUCAUCAUCCGUGCUUACACUGAGAAGUUAAAUGUUGCUAUGGCCGAAAAGCUUUUCCGAGAGAUGGUUGGUCGUUGUCUUGUUCCUGAUGGAUACACGUACCGGGUUAUGGUUGAUGGUUAUUGCAAAACGGGAAAUGUUGAUUUAGGGUACAGGUUUUUGAUGAGGAUGAUGGAAGAUGGGUUUGUUCCAUCGCUCACAACGCUUGGACGUGUGAUAAACUGUCUUUGUGUGGAGGAUAGAGUUUAUGAGGCUGCUGGUAUUAUCCAUCGGAUGGUUCAGAAAGGGGUGGUACCUGAGGCUGUGAACACUAUUUUUGAUGUUGACAAAAGGGAGGUGGCUGCUCCUAAGCUUGUCUUGGAGGAUCUGUUGAAGAAGGGGUGUAUUACGUAUUAUGCUUACGAACUUCUUUUUGAUGGCCUUAGAGAUAAAAGGCUACGCAAGAAAAAGGGGUUCACAGUUGUAGCCAUAUGAAUCUGAUGCAGUGGCUUACCUCGCAUCUGGUUGUUUAGAGAACUAUUGAGUGGAGAAGAUGCUAACUCAACCACUGGGCUAAGUAGCUAAAGGCUCCAGUGGUCUUCCAUCCAAGACCAAAGAUGUUGGAGUUGCGUUGAUCUCUUAAACAUGAUAUUGAGUAAUGCAGCAUUCAGUUUUUUGUUCUGUUGCAGCACUCUCUUGAAUAGUCUGAGAAAGAAGCUAUCUGCUUUGGUUCCACUUCUUCCAAUCAGAAUUUGUUGACACCAGUGUGAAAGAAGCUGUAGUGACUGUAAGAAGCUAAAAGAGUGUGCUGGAGAUGCUCUUGUCUACACUUCUGGAGAAAGGUCACCAACCUAUCAUGUGGUACUUCGACUUCUUUGAUUACAGUCAGCUCUUGCAGCUGCUCUAUCCAGUUGUAUAAAGUUGGAGUGUUCACCGGAUCAAUUAUCUCUACACCGAUUGCUUCAUGAAGAGCUUUGUGAACUCCAAAACUAGCGAUAAUGAUGAUGUCCAAAAGCCCUACGUCAUCAUUCCCUCUGAUGGUUUUAUUCGGGAACUGCUUCUUGAGUCCCUCUUCAAUAACUUUGAACCUCUCUCUAGCCUCUUCCACAGAAUUUGCUUGAGCUUCACCCUCUUGCAGCAUUACUCGACCCAUGACCUCAAACACCUUGCAACAAGAAACAGUCAUUUCCUACAAUAACCAUAUUGUGUAUAAGAUUAUCUGAUGAGAGAUCCGGGAAAGCACCUGUUGGUUGAUGUAGCUGACCCAGAACCGAACCUGGGCCCUUUCAUAAGGAUCCUCCGGGUAGAAACGAGGAGAGUUCUUCCAGGUUUCAUCGAUAUAGUCAAGAAUCACUUGUGUAUCAGCCACUGGCUUACCAUCAUGGACAAGAAGAGGAAUCUUCUUGAGAACAGGGUUGAGUUGAAUCAGCGACUCUGUCUUGUUCUUUAGAUCUUCUUCAACGUACUCGUAGGAUAUGCCCUUGAGUUUAAGGGCGAUCUCGACCCUCUUGGAGUAUGUGCUUGCCCACAUCCCAUGUAAUAUCACUUUGCUCUUCUUUUCCUCCAUCCCCUCCCUUUAUCAAUUCUUCUGAUACGAAUCAAAAAGCUUACUUCCUUUUAACUUAA